AUGACAAGACCUAGGCGGUCAUCCGCUACGAGCGAGGAGAGCGCGGGGACUGGGAGAGAGCAGGAACUGGGGAGCAUGUACGAUUACCUCGCAAAGAUCAUCCUCCUUGGGCCAAGCGGGUCAGGAAAAUCCUGCCUCCUUCAUCGCUUCGUGAAAAGCGAAUGGCGCGUCCUCUCCUCCCAAACAAUCGGCGUCGAAUUCGCCUCCAAAAUCAUAAAAGUCGGCACCGGCGCCCGCCGGAAGCGCAUCAAGCUACAACUCUGGGACACUGCCGGAACCGAGCGCUUCCGCUCCGUGUCUCGCUCCUACUACCGCGGCGCCGCUGGAGCCGUGCUCUGCUACGACAUUACAUCCCACAACAGCUUCUCCAACCUACAGCCCUUUCUCAACGACGCCCGCGCGCUCGCCUCGCCGAACCUGAGUCUCAUCCUGGUGGGGAACAAACUCGACCUAGCCGGGGGCGGCCAUCCCGGUGACGAAGAGGACCUGCUCGGCCCGCUGCCGCCACCUACACCAAGCAGUAUCAGCGCGCAUAGCAUUCCGUAUACAAUUAGUAGUGUGCAUACGGGGAGCGCGGGCGUCAGCGUGGCUGGGACGCCGUUGCAAGCGGGGAGCUACGCUUCGUCUACUACAUCUACCAUCCGCCCGGGAGACAGUACGAGUACGAGUUACGGGUAUGGACUCGGGUCGCAGCUACAAGCUACGGUGGCGCCGGAUGGACGAGAGGUUUCGGCGGUAGACGCGAGUCGAUGGGCAAGUAUGGUCAAUGUACCAGUGACGAUGGAAGUCAGCGCCUUCAGCGGCGAGGGUGUUGACGAGGUGUUUGGGAGACUGGCGAGGAUGAUCUUGACCAAGAUUGAGUUGGGCGAGAUUGACCCAGACGAUCCGAUGAGCGGGAUUCAGUAUGGCGAUUAUGGAGGUGGAUGGAGCGGUGGUGCGAGCGAUGGAGCAAGUAUUAAAAGUUCCAUGACCGGGGACGAACAGGGAACAAGAAAUCGGAGGCGCAAGCCAAGGCGAGGAGUCCAGGGGUUGAGGGAGUGGGAGGAAGUCUUUACGCUCACCAGUGGCAGAAGGAGGAACAAUGGUUGUUGUUGA